AUGUAUAUUUUUUUACAGAUCACAACAUAUUUCUGUCUGGUGGCUGCAGUGGCUGCUGUGGCUGUACCAGUAGCACCUGUUGCAUACUCAGCCGAACAACCGAUCAAUUACGAAUUCCAGUACUCGGUGCAAGACCAACUCAGCGGUGAUGUGAAACAGCAGAAGGAAACUCGUUCCGGUGACGCUGUCCGAGGAUACUACUCUUUGGUACAGCCAGACGGCACUCAGCGCAUAGUCGAAUACACUGCUGAUGCAGAACAUGGAUUCAAUGCUGUUGUACGUUAUGAAGGCCAACCUACUGCUGUGCCCACCAAAGUGGCCUAUGCUGCUACUCCAGUGACUUACGCUGCACCUCUUGCUAAGGUUGCUUAUGCAAGUGCUCCUGUGGCUAAGGUAGCCUAUACUGCUCCCGUUGCAAAUGUGGCUCACGCUGCAGCCCCUGUUGCCUACGCUGCUCCCGCGCCGACCAACUACUCUGUACGGGCUCCAGUCACCUAUGCCACUCCCGCUCCCGUUAGUUAUGCUGCAUCGGCCCCAGUAACCUUUGCAGCUCCUGCACCCGUCAACUACGCUGCUCCUGCUCCUAUUAACUAUGCUAAUCCCGCUCCAGUCAGCUACGCUGCUCCGACACCUGUCAACUACGCUGCUCCUGCACCCGUUAGUUAUGCUGCCCCUGCACCCGUUAAUUACGCUGCCCCUGCACCCGUUAGUUACGCUGCCCCCGCUCCCGUCAAUUACGCUGCCCCUGCUCCCAUAAAUUACGCUACCCCCGCUACUGUGAACUACGCUGCUCCUGCUCCUGUCAGCUAUGCUGCUUCUACGCCCGUCAACUACUCUGCUUCCGCUCCUGUCAGUUACGCCGCGUCGACCCCAGUCACCUACACCGCUCCAGUCGCCAAAGUGGCCUAUGCACCAGCACCCGUUGCCAAAAUAGCCUACUCUUCAAACCUUGGUCACGUUUCGUACUCGUCCCCAGUUGUUUCUUCGCAAAGCGCGGCCGCCAGUUCGAACAUGACUGGUAUAAAAGCUCCGGUUACCGACCUAGAAGUACAUUAUCUGAUAAUAUUCCUAUCAAACAACAUGAACGCUCAAGUAUUAGCCUUCUUCUGUUUCGUAGCCGCUGCGGCGGCGGUGGCCCUCCCUGUAGUACCUGUCGCCAAAGUAGCGUACGCAGAGCCUGAAGCACCCGCACACUAUGACUACGAAUACUCAGUGCAAGACCAACACAGUGGGGAUGUAAAACAGCAGAAAGAAGGUCGCGCCGGAGACGUAGUACACGGAUCCUACUCCCUCAUCCAACCCGAUGGUGUUCAGCGUAUAGUUGAAUACACAGCCGAUAAAGUGAACGGAUUCAACGCAAUUGUUCGUUACGAGGGACACCCAGCUCCAGUGGCAGCUAAGAUCGCCUACGCUCCCGCCCCAGUAGCGUAUGCUGCUCCCGUCGCUAAGGUUUCCUAUGCCGCUCCUGUUGCUAAGGUCGCAUAUGCUGCUCCCGUUGCGUAUGCUCCAGCACCAGUCACAUAUGCAGCUGCUCCUAUCCAAAAAGUAGCGUACAGCACGAACCUCGGUCAGGUCUCCUAUUCAUCUCCCGUUGUCUCCUACCAACAUUAA